AUGGCUCCUGCCAAUGGAGGGUCUGCCCAGCUGUGGCUACCACUGCUGUUUAUCUCUCUGAGUGUCAUGCUGACGGCCACUCAGAAAUCUGUUGUGACAUUGAACCCACCGUGGAGUAGAAUAUUUACAGGAGAGAAAGUGACUCUUAUAUGCAAUGGGAACAAUCUUCAAGAGAACUCUACUAAAUGGUUCCACAAUGGCAUCAUCUCUACUGUGACAACUUCACAUUGGGACAUUGUGAGUGCCACUAUUCAAGACAGUGGAAAAUAUAUAUGUCAGAACCAAGGAUUUUACAAGAGUAAACCUGUGUACUUGGAAGUGACGAGAGAUUGGCUGCUCCUUCAGACUUCUGCUGAUAUGGUAUUAUACAAUGAGUCCUUUGACAUCAGAUGCCAUGGCUGGAAUAACUGGACUCUCCGUAAGGUGAUCUACUAUAAGGAUGACCUUGCUUUCAAGUAUACUUAUGAGACCCCCAAAAUCUCCAUUAGAAAUGCCAAACUUAAUGACAGCGGCACCUAUUACUGCACUGGCUAUCUUCGCCGACUGAACUACACAUCUGAGAAACUCAGAAUUACUGUAACAAAAGUUUACAAAACCAAGUACCUUUGGCUACAGUUAGUUGUCCCAUUGCUGGUGGCGAUUCUGUUUGCUGUGGACACGGUGUUAUUGUUCUCCACCCAGGAACAGUUCAAACUACUCUUGAAAAUUCAGAAGACAGGAAAAUGCAACAAACCUUGA